GCUUCCUUAUCCAAAUGAUCUAGGGUUUUAAUCCUUGAUUCCGAUCAGAAACGAAUACGUUACCUUUUGUGAUCUUUUUCAAUGAAUCCAUGUAACUCUUUACCUUCUUCUCUCAAUGCAUCUCCCCUGUCUUAACUCAAAUUAUCAUAAAUGGCUUCGUUCCGUAACCGAUACUCGCGUACUUCCUAUAUAUAGGAAAAUGAGAGAAGAGGUUGUUCAUCAAUACUCAUUCGACGUGAUCACCAACCGUUGAUCCGUGAACUAGAGCGUACUUCUCCAAUCCCUUCACUCGCUGUCUUCGUCUCUCUUCGAGAUGAGCUUUUACACGGGUCAUCCUUCGAUAGCAAACGUUUUCAAUCGGCAAGCUUUGAAGAGAGUGUUCGAUUUUGGCUCCGGCGUCAACAGUUGACUGUGAAUGUUCCAUUUUGGCCACUAACAAACCUAAGCAGAUCAAGGUCUGGUUUCAAAACCUGAGAGGCGUCAAGGCUCCAGAGUGUAAACAGGAAGCUUUCAGCGAUGAAUAAAUUGUUGAUGGAGGAGAAUGAUAGACUGCAGAAGCAAAUUUCUCAGUUUGUCUAUGACGAUGGAUAUAUGAAACAGCAGCUAACUACUUUCUUGAACGAUGCAAGCUGCGACACCGUGUUUACAACUCCUCGGCAGUCUCUUAGAGAUACUAAUAAUGCUGCUGGGUUUAUCUCGAUUGCGGAGGAGACGUUGGCAGAGUUCCUAUCCAAGGCUACAGGAACUGCUGUUGAUUGGGUUCAGAUGCCUGGGAUGAAGAUUGCAGAGAUCCUUAAAGAUCGGCCAUCUUGAUGCCGUGACUGUUGGAGCCUAGAAGUUUUCAUUGAUGGCGGCACCAUUGAGCUCGUGUAUAUGCAGAUGAAUCUUUGUCUCUUGGUUUAGUUUUGUAUCCUUUAACAAUUGAAGAUGCAUAAAACAAAAUUGAGAACCCGUAAUUAUCUCUGCAAUUGAAGAUGCAUAAAACAAUGUUUACUUCAGUUUACCCGUAAAAACAUUCUGAUAGAUUGAAAUUCUACAAAUUUUCAUCAUCAUUAA